AUGAGUGGCUUCGAAAUUGUUGGUGUCGUGCUUGGGGGGAUCCCCAUCGUCCUAGAAGCAUAUAAUCGAUACCAGACGGUUUCGAAGACUUUCAGCGGUUUUAGACAACACUCACGAGCACUCUCCCGAUUAGACACCAUCCUGAACGCCCAGAAGACUAUCUUUAGGGGCGAUGUCACCAAGCUUCUCACAGCCGUGACAAACGAUGCCGAAAAGACCAGGAGUCUCAUCUCCGGUGAGCGAAGUUGGGAUGAUCUCGGUAUUCGUGGGUUAGACCAUACAAGGGCAGAGACUUUACGAGAUGCCUUCUCUAGCUGGAAGGCUACACUAGAUGAGAUUCAUGAUAGCCUACAGGCUAUAUGCUCUGAGGUUGAGAGUUUUCGUGUUUCUUCCACCAAGCCAACUCAAGUUUUGUCCGUGGAAAAAUUUCGAAAACAGUUCAAGCUAUGCGUCAAGAAAGAUAUUGUUCAGGAGGCCAUCGAAGAUCUCCGAAAUUUCACAGCCGACUUCAAUCGAAUAACGUCUCAAAUAAUAGACGAACUGAAGGAUCCAGGCUUUGCGAGCUCCUCUCCGGAUCAACCCACAGCUUGCAUAAAACCUAGUUGUUGGAAUAGCCUCGAGAUGUAUCGUCAGAUCAGAGCGGCGUCGUCUAGCCUAUACGAAACAUUAGCACUUAGAUGGCCGUGUGCUUUGCAUCAACGACACGUGGCCAGCAUUACUUUCCGGGGCGACAACAAACAACUACAAUCUCAGAAAGGUAUCAAAUUUGAAGCUGUUGUGACACCGUCAGAAUCGGAGACAUCCCCGCUUUGGCUUGAGAUUGACUGCAUCGAUAAUGCAAGAACGUGUCAGCCCUCAUCCAACUCAUCGCCUGUGGUCAAACUAGAAAUCAACAAGACCUGGUCGAACGUUGUCGAUACGCUAAGAAAGCAUUCGCAGCCUUUGGUUCUGGAGUCGGCCCAACGAAUGCCUAAUAAGCUUUCAGGACAAUCGAUAUCAUCCCAGACACUCACUACAACAAAGACAACAAAAGUUGUGCGGUUCCAGGCACUUUCUUUGAAGCCGAACGAGGUAGACGAUCUAAAUGAGAGCCAACAAGAUGAUACUCACCAAGAAGACACGCAAUUGACGAAUCUGGAAGUCAUCGACGAUAUAUGUCAGCACUUCCAGACAACUCACUCAGCUUGUGAGCCAACUUACGUCGGCUAUAUACAGCACAGUGGGCUUUAUCGAUUCUACGUGCCAUCCUCGCCACGAUUUCCCACAAGCUCACAAAUGAGUCUGGCGGAAAUGAUCUCAUGGGUUGCAGAGGACGAGAUAUCUCGGAAUCUACCGAGAAGCGCCAUGGUACAAAUUGCUAGCUCUUUGGCUUGUGCAGUGUUGCAGUAUCACUCGACACCCUGGUUACCAGAAAUGUGGCAAAGCAGCCAUGUUAGAUUCUUUGGUAUCAAAGACUGGCUACAAGACUCGACCAAUCUUAGUCUGACCUCACCAUAUUUCAAAGUUGAAUUCUCGAAAGCGGACAUAACGGGUAAAGGCAAGGCUGUGGACAUUUCUCUGCCAUACGUCGCCGUCAGGCAAGUCGUGCGCAAUGAGGUUCUCUUCAGCUUUGGCAUCGUGUUACUAGAACUAGGAUAUAGCAAGCCUUGGCAUUUACUCCGGCCCGGCAUUCUGAAAAACCUGCCUUUCAAGAAACAGGUCGAUUACCAUGCUGCAGAGAAGCUGGCACAAAGCCCCUUGUUACGAAACCGGAUGGGCCCUCGAUACGCAACUAUUGUUCGGAAGUGCCUAGGGUGCGACUUUGGACUUGGGGAAAAUGACUUAGAGAAUGAGGAGCUUCAAGGCAUCUUCCUUAUCGAUGUAGUGAAUGCACUUCAAGAAGCAGCUGGGGGACUAAGAGAGCUUGAAAGAAAGCUGUAUUGCCUAUAA